UGUUCAAACACGGACCGCUUGUCUGGAGGUACUUUCGAUCGAAUGUCUGUUGAAGGUCCAACGUCAAACCAACUUCAACGCGGUACGUGACGCUUCCUGCUUCAAACAACUGAACGACGAGCGUCACCAGUUAACAUAGCCGCUGGAAAGCUCAGAACACCGACAGGAAAGCAGAAAAGCACCACAUCUCUGGACCUCAGUCAGUCUGAGCGGCUGGGAGCGAUGGAGAGAGCAUCGGAAACUGUCCGUUCUCACAGCGCCUCUUCAUGAUCCUCUGGCUGAAAGGCGUCGUCUUUAAUGUCACCACAGUAGAUCUCAAAAGGAAACCAGCUGACCUUCACAACCUGGCCCCAGGAACACACCCACCCUUCCUCACCUUCCAAAGGGAAGUCCUCACAGAUGUCAACAAGAUAGAGGAGUACCUAGAGGAGAUGCUGACUCCACCAAAGUACCCCAAACUGGCAGCAAGGAACCAUGAGUCCAACACGGCAGGAAACGACAUAUUCGCCAAGUUCUCAGCAUAUGUGAAAAACACAAGACCAGAUCAAAAUCGGGCAUUAGAGAAGAGUUUAAACAGAGCCCUGGCCAAGCUGGAUCGGUAUCUGCUGAGUCCACUGCCGGAUGAGGUUCAGUCAGGGCACCACAGCGGUGACGGCGAAUCCACCCGUAAAUACCUGGAUGGGGAUGAACUGACAUUAGCUGACUGCAACCUUCUUCCCAAACUUCACGUUGUUAAGGUGGUGGCAAAGAAAUACAGAAACUACGACAUCCCGUCUGACUUCAGGGGGGUGUGGCGGUAUCUUGGCAGCGCUUAUGGCCGUGAUGAGUUCACCAACACGUGUGCAUCUGAUGCGGAAAUCGAGCUGGCCUACAGGGACGUGGCCAAGAGACUGGGAAAGUGAACGCAUCACAAUCACAUUCACUAUUGUGCCUUUCUCUCUUCUUUUGUACUUGUUUCAUUUUAUUAGUGUACCAAAAACUACCAUAAAGGCAAACGCAAAACCUAUUAACUUGUGAUGGUGCUUUAACAUACUGUAAUCUGUAAACAGGCCACACAGCAUUAAGUCCUUCACACACAGGAGAUAUAAGUGCAGUAAAGAUAAUGAAUCAGUUUUAAAAAGUGCAUCAUCACUCUGAGGUCUCUGUAGCUGCACUUACAUCAACAUACAAACAAAUGGAUGCUAAUUGUGCUAUUUGUAGAUUAAUAAAUAUUGUAUUAUCAGCCUAUGAUCACUAUAAACCCGUCCAACCCUUUAGUUACAGUAUGUGUCUUUCAUCCAGGCUGGAGUCAAAGAGUUCAAUAAAACCUUUAUUAAACCUUU